GUCUCGCGAGACGUGACUUUACAACCAGUGGCUGACACAAAAUGGGAGGUUGUCAUGUCCGGCACGUCGGUGGCAACGGGCGGUGUAGCGGCAUUGACGUGUCGCGCCGCGCCCGACGGGCUGCACGCGCACGCUCCGCCACCUGCCGCCGUAGCGCUGUUUUACCGCGGCGAGCGCGUGCUUCACGUCGACGCACCUAGCCCAGAGGCGCGCUACCUGAUGGCGGGGUCGGCGCUCCUCGUGCGCGACGUGUCGCCGGCGGACGCGGGCGCUUACAGCUGUCUCGCGCGCCACUCACUAACGGCGCUCACCAAGCGGUCGCGACCCGCUCAUCUCAACGUUCUACCCAGCUCGUCAACCUCGGCGCCGAGAUUAGUUACCACGGAGACUGAAGUGAACAUCCCUGCAGGCACCAGCUUUUGCAUGCCGUGUGUUUCUUCCGAGUACCCUCCGCCGCAGUACACAUGGUAUCGGGAAAAAAAUGGUCGACUGCAGCCCGUGGAGCCAACGGGCUCUAUUUGGCUGUGGGCGAGCGGCGCCGCGAUCUGCUUCACCAGAGCCUCACGGGAGGUCAGCGGCGCGUGGCUUUGUAAGGCGUACAACGUCUUCGGAGACGCAACAGCACAAAUGCGCGUCGACGUACAGGAAUCGUUUACAGUGACUGUUAACCCACCCGUAGUGGUUGCGGAAGCCGGUAGUACGGUGCGACUGAACUGUAGUGCAAGCGAUCCCGAUGCAUUGCUGCGUUGGGCGCACGACGGCACGGCGCUCGCGGGCUCGUCGGGCGCGACGCUCGUCCUGCGCGGGCUCACACGCGCGCACGCCGGCCUCUACCAGUGUCUGGCGCGCCGCGGCAUGCGCACCGAACAAGCCGCCGCCGAGAUAAGGCUCGGAGACUCGCCACCGGAACUGCAGUACACUUUCAUCGAACAAGCGUUACGCGCGGGCGGCAGCGUUGCGCUACGCUGCAUCGCGGCUGCCUCGCCCCCGCCACGGAUCACAUGGCUGCUGGACGGACAACCACUCGACCACUACCUUGCACAUCAUAGGUAUUCGAUAAGCGAAGAAGCAUCUGUUCAGGGAGAGGUGGUAUCAAUUCUAAACCUGACAUCAGCGACGGCAGCAGACGGCGGUCGUUACACGUGCCACGCUUCUAACCCGCUCGGUGUGGUCGAACACUCUGCGAGACUCAACAUAUACGGCCCACCGUCGAUACGUCCCAUGACCACGGUCCGCGCGAUCGCCGGCGAGAACCUAACACUGCACUGUCCCUACGCUGGAUAUCCGAUCAGCUCCGUGUCAUGGUGGCGACGCGGUGCUGCGGCAGCGCUGGGAGGAGCGGGGCGCGUGUCGGCGCGCGGCGGCUCUGUCCGUCUUGCGCCUGCUUUACCGCAUGAUGCGGGCCACUACGCUUGCAGCGUUUCCGCGCCUGCGGGCCCGGCAGCUACGAGAGACGUAGAAAUACAAGUUCGAAAUCCCCCGAAGAUUUCACCAUUCAUGUUCUCGUCAGAACUUACUGAGGGUAGUUCGGUGCAGGUGCUCUGUGGUGUUUCAUCAGGAGAUAAGCCAGUUUACUUCUCGUGGUUUAAAGAUGGUUCUCCUAUUCCACCGAACCUCCAGAUUGAGGAGAAGAGCUUGAACGAGUUCUCCCUCCUCAUGUUCUCGGAGCUGUCGGCUCGGCACAGCGGCGCCUACACAUGCCGCGUGUCCAAUCACGCCGCCACUGUGAACUAUACCGCUACGCUUAGCGUUAAAGUUGCACCCACAUGGAUUACGGAACCAUUAGACUCUGCUGUUCUGUUAGGAGCGCCAUUAUUACUGGAGUGUAUCGCUAAAGGUUAUCCUACACCUGUCGUGACUUGGUAUCGAAGAAUAGGUGAUGGAAUAAAUGGAAUAGAAAAUUCGGAUCGGUGGGAAGUAGCAGGUUCAGAAUGGGGCGCAGACGGCGAUCAGUUUAAACCUACCAGUGAAUUGGGGAAUGUACCCCAUGAAAUAAGCAACGGACAUGCGGUCAUGGGUAGUAGUGCUAUAGCAGCUAGGUCGGCAGCACAUUCACAUCAAGGACUGUAUCGAUGUACAGCAGACAACGGCGUAGGACCACCACUAGUCAAACAUGUCAAUGUGACCAUACACGAACCAGCGCACUUUGGUCUGUCGAGCGAGUCUGUGCGGAACAUGACCAGCGUGCGAGGACGCAGCGUCGUCCUCACUUGCCUCGCGCUUGGGGAUACUCCACUUGUAGUACACUGGACUCAUCGAGGCAAUAAGCUUGAUCUUGACUCGUACAGAUGGACAAUAUCAGAAGUACGCACAAGCGAGGGCAUACGAUCGUCUCUACAACUGCGCGCGGCGGAGCGCCAUGACGCUGGCGAGUACCGUUGCCAUGCGCGCAACCAAUAUGGCCGUAGCGAUCUGCUCAUGUUCUUACACGUUGAAGAACCGCCUGAUGUACCUCGAUCGCUGCAGCUUUGGGGGGCAGGGUCUCGGUGGGUUCGCGUGCGGUGGGCCGCCCAUCCAGCGCCGCGCACACACUUCGCCGCACUCUGCACGCCGCUGCAUGCACUACCCGCACUCGAACAUAACACGCAUCAUUAUAAUCUUACCCUUGAUUCAAUGGAUAAUGAAAGGUUCGACGAAGAAGGAUUUAACUUAUUGAGUGCAAGACUGGAAGGUCUACGACCUGCCGCCGCUUACUCAUUGAGAAUAGUUGCUACUAACCACGUCGGUCAGUCGCCUCAUUCUGAUGCCCUGCUCUUUACAACUCUCGAAGAAGCUCCGACAGUUUCACCUCAAAACAUCCGCAUUAGGCCCAUCAAUACUGGCGAGUUACACGUGUCAUGGUCGGCACCAGCGCAAGACGGCUGGAACGGUGAGCUAUUAGGCUAUGCGUUAUCGUGGCGUGAAGUAGGCCGUGUAGAAGAGGAGAGUGAAUACGAGGGCGGCCGCGACGACGGCGCCCGUUCCGGUAUGGCCGUGGCUCGCGGCUGGAGCAGUGCGGAACUCACUCUGGGCGGUCUGCGUCAGUUUGCGCGCUAUGCUGUGUCUGCGCGGGCGUUUAAUCGUGCCGGUCCUGGACCGGCUUCUUCUACCGCUUACGCCACUACUGCCGAUGGAGUCCCAGAAGAGCCACCGAACUCGGUAACAUGCGAGGCGCUGUCGGCGAGGUCACUGCGGGUUCGAUGGCUGCCGCCGUCGCAGUCACACGCACAAGCAAUACGAGGCUAUGAUCUACAUUACGCACCGCUGCAUUUCUCACAGUCAUGGAGUGGUGCUGUCGCCUCAGAAGCAGCGCGUGCGGCGGCCGUUGGGGAAGCGGUACUGCAAGGGCUACGCGCCGCCACAAACUACUCGGUGAGCGUGCGCGCGCGCUCCGACCGCGGCGCGGGGCCACCCUCGCCACCCGUGCAUUGUCUCACCAGAGAAGAUGUUCCGAGCGCCCCUGAACUGAUACGAGCGUUGCCUGCCGGACCCGACGCGGUGCGCGUUUCGUGGAUAGCGCCGGCUGAGCGCGGCGGUCAACUCACACACUACACUCUCUACACGAGGGAACUUGGCAAAGUGGGAGGAGAGUGGUCACAGCGUGUGGAAGCCGUCGACGACAGCACAGAGGGCGAAAAUGAGAUAUGGCACGAAUUGCGUGGACUACGCGAACGCGCUGUAUACGAGUUCUGGAUACGUGCCUCUACAGCCGCAGGAGCAGGGCCCCCCAGUCGCGCAGUCAGCGCUGCACCAACACAGCUCAUGUCAGCGCGGAUCUCAUCACUUGGACGUCUAGUUACCGCGGCGGUAGGCUCGCGCUUGCGGCUCCGCUGCUCAGCGCUGGGUAUCCCUCCCAUUACGAGACGAUGGAUGCCGUUGCCACACGCACAUACAGUCACUGAUACUGGAGACUUAAUCAUCCACAAGGUGGAGCAACUGUCGGCCUCGAAUUACUCGUGCUCAGUACGUAACGCGGCAGGCGGAGACACCACAGUGUUUGCACUGCGCGUGAUUCGUCCUCCUGCGGCGCCUGCGCCGCGUCUCUCCCGCGCCGAUACGCAUGCUCUGCACUUAGCAUGGGACCCACCGCACGACGGAGGUGCUCCGGUUCUGGGAUACACAGUUUGGUGGUGGCGAGGAUGGGAAGGUGGUGAACUUCGAAGCCAAAGUUUAUUGAAUGGUAACAUUGCCGCUAAUGCACGAUGGUGGCGCGUCGGUGGGGAAGCUCGUGGUGCAGCACUUCGUGGCCUCGCGUGUGGGGCUCCUUAUCACGUGGCAAUGCGAGCGCACAAUGCGGUCGGAGCGUCACCACACUCACGUGCCGUAACACUGCGCACACGUGGCGAUAAGGCGAAGGCACCGGUGGGCAAAGAGUGCAUCUGGUCAAACAGUACCGCUUUAAGAAUCGCUCUCCUCGCUUGGGGCGGUCGGUGUGCUGUUGCACGCUUCACACUCACACUGCGUCCUGCUAGUGGUGGGGUUUGGUCUGAUCUUCCCACUGAUGGAGAAAUCGCAGAGGCCUCGAAUUUGGAACCGGGCACGUGGUAUGAAAUACGUGUCCUGGCACAUUCCCCAGCUGGUGAUACUCCCGCUUUUUACAAGGCAGCGACACAUACUAUGAAUGGAGAACGCGUCGGUGAGCCAAUAGAAUUGCCCAUAGAGGCGAGAAUGAGCGCAGCGGACGGAGCUGACGACGUCGUAGUAGCGGGCUCUUGGUGGCAAGGCGGCGCGGGCGCGGCGGCAGCGCUUCUGGGCGUUGUGCUCAGCGCGCUACUCGCCGCCGCCGCGCUGCUUGCCUGCCGCCGCCGCGCUGGCCGCACGCACCACGCGCAUCCCCCUCACGAAGGACACAAUCAACCCCUUUACGUGGCACAACCCACGCACACGAAUGGAAAAACGAUAACUCCACCCGAUGGGGAUCUACACGAGAUUAGUCCAUACGCGACAUUCAGCAUGUCCUCGGGUGCGACGUCACGCGAGUGCGGCGCGGGCGUGCCGACGGGCCCCGACUCGAGCGUGCGCUCGUGCGCGUUGCACCUGCGCUCCUUCACACGCGACCCGCUCGAACUCGCGGCGCCGCCUCCACGUCCGCAUUUGCUUGCGCAUCCUAACGGCAAGUUGCCCUAUAUUUAUAAUUAA